GGACAAUUGUUCAUUGUAUUUCCAAAAACACCCUCCGACAUCGGCAUCGGAUAUCCUAAAAUUUCUCGUUCCUCUCCAUAUACCUCACCGGCGCCGGCGAGAAGAUAAUCGGAGACAAUAGUAAACGACGUUGUAAUGCCGCAUAUUCUCAUCCAAAAUCCACACUUACGUCCUUUCCCUAACCUACGCUCAUCUUCAAUCACAGUCUCAAACACACCUCCGCUGUCGAUUUCCCCGCCCAAUCUUCUCCGCCUGCGCCGGAUAUUCACCUCCAGCGGCGGACAUGGCAGCAGGGGUAGUUUAGUCAAAUGCAUGGCCAAUCCUCGGAGAGUGAAAAUGGUGGCUAAGCAGAUAAGGAGAGAGCUCUCCGACAUGCUGCUCACGGAUAAGGUUUUACAGUACGCUGUACUGCCGGAAGCCGCUCUCGGAGCUGAUCAGUACCUCUCCUCGCUUACUACUAUCAGCGACGUUGAAGUUUCUGCUGAUUUGCAGGUUGUUAAAGUCUAUGUUUCUGUUUUUGGGGACAAAAGAGGAAAAGAAGUGGCCAUUGCAGGAUUAAAGUCAAAAGCAAAAUAUGUACGCAGCGAGCUGGGCAAGCGCAUGAAGUUGAGACUUACUCCAGAGAUACGAUUUAUUGAAGAUCUGUCUAUUGAGAGAGGAAGCAGGGUUAUUGCUAUACUGGAUAGAAUAAAGCGCGAGAACGAGAAAAAGGAAGCUGAUCUUCAAGGUAAUGCCAAGAAUGAGUCAUCUGAACAGAGCGAGGAUGAUGAGGAUUGGGAAGUGCAUUUUUCAGGGAGCAGCAUUGCCAUGUUUCGAUCAACGCCAGAGAUGGGAGGGCCAUUGACGAGUACGCACAAGCAAGGCUGGCCGAGAGCCUUGAGGGCAGCGCAGCAGGCUUCGCUUGGUGGGAUUGGACUAAAAGGAGCGACUGCUGCCCUGCAAGGUAUGAGCUGAACAAGCGCCGAGAAGAAAGUGGCGCCACAAGAAUGGCCCUUGCUUUCCGCCACCAAACCAGCCAUGACCGCCAACACCAAAACCACUGAAAGCUUCAU